AUGAAGGUGAGGUAAUAUGCAGGGAGAGAGGAGAGAAAGGGAGAGAGAGGAGAGAGGGUUGGAGAUUGCUUUGUCAGCUCAAAUGGCACCUCUCAGAGAAAAGUGUUUUGUUUGCAGAAAGUCGUGCUCUACUCUGCUCUGCUCUGUUUUCAAUUGUGUUUGUGACUGGUAUUCCAGAUUGGCUUUGAGUUUAUGUUUACAAGCGUACCUCAGCACAUUCAGCCGUUAUAUAGGAGAGAAAUAAAGAGACAGCCUACAACAAGUUAAACCACAGUGCUGAGAGUGCUACCUCAUUUGUUCUCUGUGUGUGUGUGUGCCUGUCUCUGUAUGUGGUGUGUGUGUGUGUGUGCGUCUGUGUGGGUGCUUGCAUGUAUGCGUCUGUGUGUGUGUGUCUGUGUGUGUGCUGCGGGCCUUGCGUGCAUUAUCAUAAUUGACGCCACACUGGGUUAAUGGUGCUAGACAGCUCUGAGACCCCUACACUCUCUCUGCUCUCUCUCUGCACUCUCUCUGCUCUCUCUCUGCACUCUGUCUGCUCUCUCUCUCUGCUCUCUCUGCACUCUCUCUGCUCUCUCUGCACUCUCUCUGCUCUCUCUCUGCACUCUCUCUGCUCUCUCUCUGCACUCUCUCUGCUCUCUCUCUGCACUCUGUCUGCUCUCUCUCUGCACUCUCUCUGCUCUCUCUCUGCACUCUGUCUGCUCUCUCUCUCUGCUCUCUCUGCACUCUCUACACUCUCUCUGCACUCUCUCUGCUCUCUCUCUGCACUCUCUCUGCUCUCUCUCUGCACUCUCUCUGCUCUCUCUCUGCACCCUCUGCUCUCUCUCUAUGCACUCUCUCUGCUCUCUCUCUGCUCUCUCUGUUCAAUUCAAUUCAAUUUAAGGGCUUUAUUGGCAUGGGAAAUGUACAGUAUGUUAACGUUGCCAAAGCAAGUGAAGUAGAUAGUAAACAAAAGUGAAAUAAACAAUAAAUAUUAACAGUAAACAUUACACUCAGAAGUUCCAAAAUAAUGAAGACAUUUCACAUGUCAUAUUAUGUAUAGAUACAGUGUUGUAACAAUGUGCAAAUAGUUAAAGUACAAAUUGGAAAAUAAAUAUUGGUUGUAUGUACAUAACAUAAAUAUGGGUUGUAUAACAUAAAUAUGGGUUGUAUUUACAAUGAUGUUUGUUCUUCACUGGUUGCCCUUUUCUUGUGGCAACAGGUCACAAAACUUGCUGCUGUGAUGGCACACUGUGGUAUUUCACCCAGUAGAUAAGGGAGUUUAAUAAAAUUGGGUUUGUUUUCGAUUUCUUUGUGGAUCUGUGUAAUCUGAGGGAAAUAUGUGUCUCUAAUAUGGGUGUACAUUUGGCAGGAUGUUAGGAAGUGCAGCUCAGUUUCCACCUCAUUUUGUGGGCAGUGUGCACAUAGCCUGUCUUCUCUUGAGAGCCAGGUCUGCCUACGGCGGCCUUUCUCAAUAGCAAGGCUAUGCUCACUGAGUCUGUACAUAGGUGAUGUAGGUGAUGGCUUUGUUAUGGAAGGUUUGGGAAUCUCUUUCUUUUAAGUGGUUAUAGAAUUUAACGGCUCUUUUCUGGAUAUUGAUAAUGAGCGGAUAUCGGCCUAAUUCUGCUCUGCAUGCAUUAUUUGGUGUUUUUCAUUGUACACAGAGGAUAUUUUGGCAGAAUUCUGCAUGCAGAGUUUCAAUUUGGUGUUUGUCCCAUUUUGUGAAUUCUUGGUUGGUGAGCGGACCCCAGACCUCACAACCAUAAAGGGCAAUGGGUUCUAUAACUGAUUCAAGUAUUUUUAGCCAGAUCCUAAUUGGUAUGUUGAAUUGUAUGUUCAAUUUAUAACAUUUUUGACAUGCGAUUUUCUGGAUUUUGUUGUUGUUAUUCUGUCUCUCACUGUUCAAAUAAAUGUACCAUUAAAAUUAUAUGUCUUUGUCAGUGGGCAAACGUACAAAAUCAGCAGGGGAUCAAAUAAUUUUUUCCCUCACUGUAUCCUUACCUUCCUCUUUCCUCUUCCUCCUCCUCCACUCCCUUCUCUUCCUCCUCCUCCCUCAUCUACCACCUCCUCCUCCUCCUCCUCCACGCUCUGUUCACUCAUAGAGCACCUCCUGUCAACACACAAUUCCUCCUUAAUAACCUCUCUCUCCCUUCCUCUCUCUCUCUCCCCCCCAGGUCCCACCCAGAGCAGCAGCAGGAGGAGAUGUUGAUGGAGGGGGGGUCACCAGAGAGGAGGGCUGGGGAGGAAGGGGGUGUCCUGCCCUCUCUGUUUCUGAAGCAGGUGUUCCCUAAGUACACCAAACAGUUCAGCUACCUGCGGACUGUGGAGCGCAUUGCUGCCCUCUUCUUGCGGUUCCUGGGGGUCAAAGGUAACAUGCGCCUAGGGCCCACCGGCUUCAGAACCUUCAUCAGGUACUACUAUACUACCAAGUACUUAAGUAAAAAGGGCUUUAUAAAUACAUGUGAUUGAUUGAUUGAUUAAUUACUUGAUUAAUGAUUGAUUGGUUGAUUGUAGGAACUGUAAGCUGAGCAACAGUAACCUCUCCAUGGCCUCUGUGGAUAUCCUCUACAUUGACAUAACAAGGCGCUGGUCCAACAUGCUGCCUGACUCCAGGGAAGCAGGUAACCCUCCAGCCAAUUAGAACCAGUGUCACGUUCGUUGUAUAAAUGGUCGGACCAAGGUGCAGCGUGGUAUGCGUACAUGUUUUCAUUAUAUAAAUAAACACUUGACAAAAUAACAAAAGCAACGGAACGUGAAGUUCUAACAGAAUCAGAAACAAGAUCCCACAACUAAAGGUAGGCAAAAUGGCUGCCUAAGUAUGGCUGCCCCAAUCAGAGACAACGAUCGACAGCUGCCUCUGAUUGGGAAACAUACCCGGCCAACAUAGAAAUAUAAUAACUAGAUUCUAUCCAAAUCACACCCUGACCUAACCAAACAGAGAAUACAGGUGAUCUCUAAGGUCAGGGCUUGACAACUAGGCAGAACUAGCUACGACCUUUAGAAUUGAACUGUUCUCUGAAUCCCCUCUCACAUCAUGAGCUCACAGCGCAGUGACAAAAUUUGGAGAGUACCCUCUAUGAAUAGUUCACCUGCUUGGACCUGA